CCUGGUGGGGCAGGCUGCUGCGGGAGGCGGUGGCGGUAAGAAGCCGGAGGCAGCGGGGUGACAGAGUUGGAAAAUAUUUAAGUCUCAACAAAUGAAUUCCAUACUUGAACUCUGCUGCAUUCCUGUGCCACCUCCUCCAUUAGAACACUGAUCUUACAACAGAGAAAAGAGGAAUAGAAGGUAGAAGAAGAUGCUGGGAUCUGAACGUGCUGUUGUGGAAGAAUGGUUAUCAGAAUUCAAGGCAUUACCUGACACUCAGAUCACCAAUUAUGCGGCAACUUUACACCGGAAAAAAACACUGGUACCAGCCCUCUAUAAAGUUAUUCAAGACUCAAAUAAUGAGCUCCUGGAGCCUGUCUGCCACCAGCUGUUUGAGCUCUAUCGUAGCUCUGAAGUUCGACUUAAGAGGUUCACACUGCAGUUCUUGCCAGAAUUGAUGUGGGUUUAUUUACGGCUUACAGUUAGCCGAGACAGACAGAGUAAUGGUUGCAUUGAAGCACUUCUGUUAGGAAUUUACAAUUUGGAAAUUGCUGAUAAAGAUGGAAACAAUAAAGUUCUGUCUUUUACCAUCCCUUCCUUAUCCAAGCCGUCAAUAUACCAUGAGCCCUCCACGAUUGGAUCCAUGGCCUUGACAGAAGGGGCAUUAUGUCAGCAUGAUCUCAUCAGGGUUGUUUACAGUGAUCUUCAUCCUCAGAGGGAAACAUUCACUGCACAAAACCGGUUUGAAGUCCUGAGUUUUCUCAUGUUAUGUUAUAAUUCUGCUAUCGUGUAUAUGCCUGCUUCAUCUUACCAGUCUCUUUGCCGAAUGGGCUCCAGGGUUUGUGUGAGUGGGUUUCCACGGCAACACGAAAAACAGUGGAAAGAACUCUGUGGUCGAAUAGUGUUGGAUCCCGAAUUUAUGGUGCAGCUUCUCACAGGAGUUUAUUAUGCCAUGUAUAAUGGACAAUGGGACCUUGGCCAGGAAGUCCUUGAUGACAUCAUCUAUAGAGCUCAACUAGAACUCUUUUCUCAACCACUAUUGGUUGCCAAUGCCAUGAAAAAUUCAUUACCAUUUGAUGCUCCUGAUUCUUCACAAGAAGGCCAGAAAGUACUUAAAGUUGAAGUCACUCCAACAGUGCCGAGGAUUUCUCGGAGUGCGAUUACAACAGCUUCAAUCCGUCGCCAUAGAUGGAGGAGAGAAGGUGCUGAGGGUAUAAAUGGAGGAGAGGAGUCGGUAAACCUGAAUGAUGCAGAUGAAGGAUUUUCAUCAGGGGCUUCCCUCAGCAGCCAGCCAAUUGGGACCAAACCAUCCUCCUCUUCUCAGAGGGGAAGCUUAAGGAAAGUAGCAACUGGGCGUUCAGCCAAGGAUAAAGAAACAACUUCUGCCAUCAAAUCCAAUGAGAGCCCUCGAGAUUCAGUAGUUCGCAGGCAGUAUGUACAGCAACCAACUGAUCUUAGUGUAGAUUCAAUUGAGCUGACACCGAUGAAGAAACACCUGAGCCUGCCUGCUGGCCAGGUGGUGCCAAAAACUAAUAGCAUUAAUCUAAUCCGGACAGCCAGUGCUUCCUCAAGUAAAUCAUUUGACUAUGUAAAUGGCAGUCAAGCAAGUACCAGCAUUGGGGUUGGCACUGAGGGUAUUACUAAUUUAGCAGCUAACAAUGCUAAUCGAUAUUCAACUAUCAGUCUACAGGAAGACCGGCUAGGUCAAGCUACAGAAGGUAAAGAGCUCCUCAGCCCAGGAGCUCCCUUAACCAAGCAGUCUCGAUCCCCAAGUUUCAAUAUGCAGCUAAUAUCCCAGGUGUAGUCUUGAUAUCCUCUCUCAUCUUUCUGCUUAUCUUCUAGACUGAACAUUUCAUUGUGCAGGAAGACACUUCAUCCCACAUUGUGAAAACAUUGGUAAUCAUAAACAGAUCUGAUUUAGUUUAGGUAUCUUCAUACGGUAUUUUGUAUGGAAACAGCAAUAAGGUUUUCUUUUCUCUCUUUCCUAUAUCGUCCCUUCACCUGUUCCUUGUAAACGUGUUUGUGAAGCAGUAGAAAAUGUUCGCGUUUUCCACAACUUCGUUUCUCCUUGGGUGAUGUGCAAUCCAUCGUAGGCUGAUCGGUCCCAUUUCAACACUGUGAGACUGAGGUUAUGUUAGAGGAAAUGGUGUAUAUGAUCCCUAUGAAUGAUACUUUGGCUUUUGUUUUUAAAAAAAAAAAAAAAAAACGGGUUUGUUCUCAUAAUCUGUAGAACUAUGAAGAUAACUGGAUCAUAUUUUUUCUCUCUUAACCAGGAGUGCCUCAGAGAUUCUGCUAUGACUUUGGACUUCUCUGAGUCUGUGCAAUCAUUUUCUUGAGAAGCAUGGGGAAAGGUGGUAGACUGCUGCACUUUUUCAUUAAAAUGAGGGUGGCUCUUUUUUUCCCCCAUCUCCUUUAUCUCGAGGAUACAAUGUUCAGUUACUGAGGCAUUUGAAUCAAGUUGUGGCCACCUCUGUUGGAGGACAGGGCUCUAAGUUGAUUGUGUAAUAGAUAAUGCACUUUCUCAAUGGCUCUAUAGUCAUUAUUAACAUGUCUUCCCUCCUCCCCACAGGGACAUAAGGUCAUUUCUGUCCUUUGAGUUGGAACAGCUAAUAAAUCAGAGAAUCCAAGGGGCUUGUUCUAUUUCCCAGGAAUGAUUGACACUUCGGUGCUGGGGUUUUAUGGGGGGAGGGGGCAGUUUCUGUUUAGCUUGUGUGGAAUUGUUUGUGUGAGGGGAAGUUUUGAUUGUUUUUUCUUUUUCUUUUCCUUUGUGAGCUGAUAAUGACUGAAGUAGAACAAGUACGUCUUCAGGUAAAGAGAGGGAUUUCUCAACCCACUUUCUAUGAUGUCAGACUAUUGGAGAAACCCUUUCAGCUGCUUUCUAGAUGUACCUAAAUUCAGUCAGAUAUUUUGGAUUAAGAAACCUGAAGUCCUGAUAGGUCAUAUACUCCAAGGAAAUACAUCAGGGACAGAUAAUUGGCUGAAAACACUGACACUUCAAUGUGACACAUUUUUAUAGAGCAUUUCUACUAGGGGGUACUGACUUGAUUUCUCCUACAAGGACCACACUGCCUUUGUGUUUAAUGUAAUGCAAUUUGUGUACCUUCUAAUCAUAUAUCUGCAAAAGUUCUCAUUUUUAUAAAUCUUUGAAAUCAUGCCAGUAAGCUAGAUGUUGAAUGUAUGUAAGUAGCAUUUGGUAACUGUGCUAAAAGGCUAUGAAAAUGCAUUAUUGGUUUUUUUAGAAGUUAUUUUUUUUUAGUUCUGAUUUGGUUGGAUAAGAUUUCAUUAUGAACUCAUCUGGGUCCCAGGCUCUAAUGCUUGAUUGAAAUAGAAGAAAAUAUAUUGGUUUUUGAAAA